AUGCGGGGCAAGGCCGCGAACGAGCGAGAGGAUGGCACGGUCUGUUCUCUCAGCAACCUGCAGGUGAUGAGGUACUGGCGCUUCGUGGGCAGCAAAACAGAACUGACUAUUCGUCGCCUAAAGCUUUUCCAGUCGUGGGCUGCUCGGCCGAAUUGGCAUGCUCAGACCUUGUGCGCAGUGGUCGGUACGCUCGCGAUAGAGGAGAGGCUUGAGAUCGAGCCUCAGCUUCAGGGCGGUGCUCCCACGGCAUCGGCUUCCCCGUGGGUGAGUCAGCUAUUUCAGGAUCUAGAGUAUGCGUCUGAGAAGUUGGAGUAUUAUGCUACUGAGGAGCUCCUGUUGGACCUGAGAAUUCUGGCUGACCCCGAGGCCUCCCAGUACUUCGUGAAAAUCGAUUUCACCGAACUCCGAGCUCGAGAAUUUAGUGUGCAUGUCCCUCCCCCACGCGUGCGUAUGGCUACUACUGCACAGGAGGAGUGCGCGGAGGAGGAGAGCCACAGGGUCGAGGAGGUGGGCAAUUAUCGGUGCAAUAUCAUAGAUGACCAGGGUAAAAUGUGCAACGCGAUAUGUCACGAUCGCAAGGCAUUGAGACUACCUCCGCGACUGGCGGGCGCAACCGUGGCCGAGCUCUCGAUGCCGUCGUGGUUCAACCCAGCGCAGGAGCGCCGACCAGACGCCGAGGGCGAGAAGAACCCCAAGAGCGCGAAGGGCAGCGGCGGCGGAGGCAGCAAGGGCAGCAAGGGCGAGAACCGCCACGGCAAGCUGCUCCUGCUCGUGGCGAGGCUCUUGCUGGCGACCGCGCGUGGCAUGGCGGACCUGGCGGCAGCAGUAUUCAUCACGUGCGAAAUGCAGCUCGUGGGUUUCCCGUCGGCGCUUCUGGCAGCGGGCAAAACGUGCGACGUGAAAGGCAGGGGGCUCGCCGAGAAAUCCAAGUCGGGCGAGAAUAUCGACCGCCGCGCCCGCGGACCGCCACGCCUGCACAUAUUCGCGGCGGGCAUCCACUACGCGGCGACGAGGCAGUGGGCCGAGGGCGCGACAGCAGAGAAGGAGAAGCAGAUGAAGACGGACGCGGCCGCGUUCUGGGAUAACACCGCGGCGAAGGCCCCCAUGGCCCAGAUCGGCCGCUCCGUGAAGUAUGUGAGGCUCAAAGUCCCGAAGAAGAGCGAGUCCGACCAGCGCUGCCUUGUCAUGAUGCAUUUCGACACUGCCGACCCGAUCGGCACGCAGGGUCAGAAUCUGUUCCAACCGGUCACGCUGACAAUCGCCGGCAACGACGAUUCCCUGACUCUUCCCGUCGAGGUCUCGACCAAGGUGGGCGAGGUGAAGGAGCUGCUCGCGCAGAGGCUCGGUGUUGAGCCCGAGAAGCUCCAGUUCGUCCUCAAGACCUGCAACACUCACAGGAAGCUGCUUGACACCGAGGAGAUGGCCCGCAGUGUUAUCGUGAGAGGCAUUCGGCAGUGGAAGCGGGAGAAGGCCAGAUACCCCCACCCGCAUUGCAUCAUCGGAGCCGGGCACAGCGGACUCAGACAGGCGCUGAGCUUCUACAAGGAGGGCAUCGAGGACUACGUCAUCAUCGACCGGCACGAGGCAGUCGGCGGGACCGCCUGGCUCCAGAAUGCCAACACUUCCUCGAAGCUGCAGUCGGAGCUGGGGGUAUACCACCUCCAGUACGACUCGGCAUGGGAGUGCCCCAGGGAAACUAUGGGCACGUGGCCUUCCCGCGAUGAGCUCCGAGCACACUUUCUGGAGGUAUCGCGAGAGUUUGGCAUCUUGGAGCACUGCCAGCUGGGUACCGAGGUCAACGAUGUGAAAUGCGUAGUUGACGACAAGCAGCUGCCUUUCUACAGACCAGAGAAACAGCAUUAUGAAGUGACCACAGUUCGAUGCGACGGCGGUGCACGAGACGAGGUGGAGACCGUUUUCUCAACAAUCUCCUGCUACCCCGGGGUCUUGUCACGGCCUAAUCGAGUGGAGUUCAAGGGGGAGGAGGAGUUCGACGGGCCAAUCGGCUAUGGCAUGUCCGACGAGUUUGAUUACCGCUGUGUUGAGGGCAAGGUGCCAGCCAUAAUCGGAUGUGGGGCCUUCGCCAUAGAGAAUGUCCGGACGUGCCUCGAGCACAGUGCCGCCAAGGUGCUGGUCGUUUGCAGGAGGAAGAACCUCGCUAUGCCACGGAUCGUGUCGUGGUGGAUUAAUCAAAGCGGCUAUCCUAUUUCUGGUGCGGCGCUCCUGGACGCGAUGAAGCCCAUGUACGAUCUCAUUCCAGACGAUCCCUGGGAAUACUACGGGGUCGUAGCAAACAGGGAUCGCACCGUGGCCACCAUCCGGCAGCAGUCCAGGUUUGGCAUCGGCGACGUCUUCUUCCUCGCGAGAUACUAUGCGCAGAACAAGCAACGUGUGAGCACAGUCGAGGUCGUGCAAGGCGCCAUCAGGAGGAUGAAGCCGGACGGCCUGCUUCUGGAGGACGGCCGCCGGGUGCAGGCGGAUGCCGUCAUCAAGACGCUGGGCUUCCGGCCCGACAACAGGAUAGACAAGAUGUUCGGCAUCAAAGAGAUGGUCGGCUUUUUCGUCAAUGGCGACUGGCGGCGGUGGGUGUGCACAGAGUUCAACGGCGUGGACGCGGGGAAAUUCGGCGGCACCUCGUUCUCGCCUGGAGUGAUCCAGAAUGUGGAGCUGAUGAGCUGGUUCAUCAACUACCCGAAGGACUUGGAGCCCGUCUUCGACGCACAGAUGCUGCCCAGGAGGAAGGCCGACCACGACGGCACGCCGGCGUACUGCUGGGACCCUCGCCAGGGGCAGAUGAUCUCCAUGAUGCUCUCAGGAGGCAUCAUUCCAGGCAUCGCGCCCAUCGCGGCGGGGUACGGGCCCCUGAACCAGCGCAAGCAGCUCGGGGCCCACCCGCUGGAACACUUCGUCGACGAGUGCGCGGGCGAGUGGAGGGCCUACUGCGACAUGUUCAGGGCGCAAGGGGACGAUCGGCCCCCGCCGCCGUACCCGUACACGUACGAGUCCGUGCGCAAGCUCCAGCGCGAGGCCGAAGAGGCGGGAGAGGCCGACAGACUGCGGCAGCUCGGGGACCAGACGCGGCGCGCUGGCAGCGGCGGCGGCGGCUAG